AUGUUUACCUUGCCUGUUUACAGCACCCCCUUUUCAGCAAUUGUAAUUUUGACCGAAAACAUGAUGCGCCAAAACUCACUGCAAAGUAUAGAGACCACGAUAUCAGACGCCAUUGACAGUGACGAUCAAUUGUCCGGAAUACUGUGGCAUAUGACGAGGGACCGCGAGAGAUCUUACUCCUCGUCUCCACCGAUCAAAGAGGAAAUGAUAAAAGAUGAGUUUCCCAACGUUCAGUGUAUUCUAGAGACACCUCAAAAGAGGAAUGGACACGAAGGAUCCCUGGAACUGUCCCCGGCAGACAAUGAGAAAGACCAAUGCAUCCAAGUACAAUUACCCUUAAAAUUGGAAAGAAGACUCAAAAUACAACGAACCGAAUCAAUACGUUCUGACGAAGAUACACAGAGUGUAAGAAGUGUAUCAGUAAAUACCGAUUUUGGGGAUGACCAACUGUCACAUGAAAGACCUUCGCCAAAACCACCAAGCCAACUGUUCAAAGCUAUUAUCACGACAAAGCUGAGACCUGUGCCCAAAGGAGCGCCCCGUACGGUCGAGAGAAAAGGGCAGUACACUAUCAGAAAAGGGGUGCGUAUCCGAGACUACAGGCUUCCUGGCCCUAACCCGUGGCCACGUGCGUCUCCCUCAAACAGCCUAGAAUACCAAUGUCGUGACGGGUUCAACGAGAAAGAGGCGUCUUUAGGAUACCCUCAGCCGAUGGUCGCCUGGAAAAGAAGGGCUAUGUACAAAGAAGAAGCAUGGGAACACGACAGGCCACAUCUACAGAGAAGCCCAUCCCUGGGAGCCCUGAAUCCCGUAUGA